AUGGGGGACAAUGUGCAGGAGAAGUACAAUCAAAUUAUGACAAUCACAUUACAAAAGCUGGAGACCCCCUUGCGAAAUAGUGAGGCUGUGCUGGAUAGAAUCGCGGCCUUGCUCGAGGUCAAUCUGCCACAGAAGAAGAAGCCUCCCGCCACCGCGGCACAGGCCCAACAGAUCAUGAUCCGGCUUACCCAGGCCGAGAAUCUAUCAAACGCUCUGCUCUUCCUCGAGGGUGCCCUGCAGCAGCUCAACUACGAGCCGCCGAUCCCGCUGUGGAGUCCGGCGCAGAACUUGCCCGACCCGGGCGUCACCCAGACCAUCCGCUCGCGCGCCGACCUCGACGCCCUCCUCGACGCCAUUUCCCUCAGUGGCGUGGGCGCCCCGGGCCAAGCGGCCGGCAUGCUAUACGGCCAACCGGCCGUCGCCCCCGUCGUACCCGCUCCCGCCGCUGCUGCCCCGCCAGCAGCCGUGGCGGGUCGGCCGACGCAAGCGGCGAGGCCGGUCACCUACUCGGACUUUGAGAUCGAUGACCCGCGCAAGCGUGACGGCCCGACCGGCUUCAGCAUCAGCGACAGCACGCCCAAGCCCGCGCCCGACCUCUCCGGCUACAUCAUCAAGCGACCCACGACCACGACCACCACCACCACGACCACCACCCCGGCGCCCCAGGCCGUCAGCCCCACGCCCGUGGUGCCCGCAGCCCUGGCGCCAUCACCCGCGGCCGCGGCGCCGAAGCCCAGCGGCGACCCGGACAGUCUGGAGAACGUGAGCACGGACGACCUGAUGAAGAGGGUGCCCAAGUGGACCAAGGGGCCGCCCUGCUCGUCGGAGGAGAUCGACGAGUACAAGGCCUUCAUGGUGGCCAAGUACGAGGCCGAGCAGAAGGUCAACGCCGAGAUCCUCAGGCGAAAGAAGCUCGGCAUCUCUUGA